GAUCCUCGACAACGGGUCCUUUUGUUCCCGCAGCAAGGCGCGCAGUCACGAAACGUCGCUGACUCCUCAUCCAACGAACGGGGGGAGGCAGCGGAGGAGGGAUGUGGGAUGAGGACAAAUCGACACCCAUCUUAUCCUCUGCUGGGUGCACUGCUGCUGCAUCCGGAGGCUCAGGGAGCACCAGGAGGGGACAAGAGCCUCGCUGCUGUGACCCAUCGAAUCAGGGCAGGCCAGCAGGGGCCUCGCCGCCGUCAGAGCUCCGUGCAGCGCCUCCUCGACAGCAGCAUCACCCUUAGCAUCAACAGUGCCAACAGCCGCGCUCCUCAUUGGUAGCGGGCUCCGAAAGCUCCUCUCUGAUCUCCACGGUCGCUCGUCACUCAGGACGGGCUGUGGGAGGAACACCAGCAUGGGCAGAGCUGCAGGUGGGCAGAUCCGAACUGCGCGGAGCGGCCGUGUCGUGUUUGCGUAACUCCAGGCUUUGGCUGCGGUGAUCAUCCGGCGGGGACAGCGGCGGAUAAACGCCUUCAAGGACACCUUCGUCCUCCGCCCCGUGGCUCUGGCUGGGCUGCCAGCAGAAUAAGGGUGCGGGUGGAACGCUUCAGCCCUCAGCUCGGCUCUGGCGGCUCUCGCAGCCCUCGCUCCUGGCUGCUGGGGGCACAGGGAGCACAACCUGCUGAGCUGCCGGCGGCCGGGACGCGGAUGCAAACACAGAGGCAGAGCUGGGGCAGCGCUGCCUGGCAUCCACAGCGAGCGGCCGAGCGGAGCAGGAGGAGCUUGUGAGGACACCCAGCGCUGCCCUCCAGCAGCGCCUGCGGGCCGGCAGCCCCUGGAGGGGCCUUUCAGCUCUGCUGUGCAGUUUGGUGCCUCAGGUCGGCGCUCCUUUGGAUUGCUCCCGUUGUUUUGAAGCGACAGGCAGUGCCUGGUGGGGGAGUCGGGCUCCACAUGUGCUUUUUUGUGGAGUAUCCAGACUUUGCAUCCUAAGAAAGCGGAGGUUGGGACCGCAGCAGGGCGGAACUGAGUGCUCUGCUGGGAGCAUCCGCCCCAUCAGAGGAUCCUCGGGACCACACUGCGCUGCUGUCAGAUGCUCUGAGCUGCCGGGAUGGAGCUGCAGUCUGAGCUGGGGGCGAUGCUCAGCACCACGGGGGACGAUGCCCAAAGCCCAAAGAGCCCUGAGCCCUGCCAGCCGCCACGGGACGCGGGGGGGUCCGAACAAGAGGGGGAACUUUCGUCUGCCAGCGGGCAGAGCCCGGCACUGCAGGAGGAGGUGCCCCAUCCCAGCACCACAGAGGAGCCCGCUGAGCAGCAGGAGAGCGGAAGCCGAGGUGCCCAGGAGGAGCUGCCCACCAGGGAGGGCGAUGCACCCCCCCAGGCAGCGGCUGAGCCCCCCAGCGCCCGCUCCCCCAGCCGUGAGCCUGAGCCGGAUUUCUACUGUGUGAAGUGGAUCACGUGGAAGGGAGAACGGACGCCCAUCAUCACCCAGAGUGAGAACGGGCCCUGCCCGCUGCUGGCCAUCAUGAACAUCCUCUUCUUGCAGUGGAAGGUGAAGCUGCCCCCGCAGAAGGAGGUGGUGACAUCGGAAGAGCUGAUGGCACAUCUGGGGGACUGCAUCCUGUCCAUCAAACCCCAGGAGAAGUCGGAGGGGCUGCAGCUGAACUUCCAGCAGAACGUCAAUGACACCAUGAUGGUGCUGCCCAAGCUCUCCACGGGUCUGGAUGUGAACGUUCGCUUCACGGGCGUCUCCGACUUCGAGUACACACCAGAGUGCAUCGUCUUCGACCUCCUCAACGUCCCGCUGUACCACGGCUGGCUGGUGGACCCGCAGAGCCCCGAGGCGGUGCGAGCCGUGGGCAAACUGAGCUACAACCAGCUGGUGGAGAAGAUCAUCACCUGCAAACACUCUGGCGACCCCAACCUGGUGACUGAAGGGCUGAUUGCUGAGCAGUUCCUGGAGUCCACGGCCUCCCAGCUCACGUACCACGGGCUGUGCGAGCUGACGGCCGCCGUGAAGGAGGAGGAGCUGAGCGUCUUCUUCCGCAACAACCACUUCAGCACUAUGAUAAAGCACAAGGGCCACCUGUACUUGCUGGUGACGGACCAGGGCUUCCUGCAGGAGGAGCGCGUGGUGUGGGAGAGCCUUCACAACGUGGAUGGCGACAGCUGCUUCUGUGACACUCAGUUCCACCUCAGCCAUGCCCUGGGCAAAGAGGCAGCCGCACCAGAGCAGAGCCAGCUGGACCAGGACUACAUGAUGGCCCUUUCCCUGCAGCAGCAGCAGGGCCAGGGCCCCUCGGUGCUCAGCGACCUGGAGCUGGCACGGCAGCUGCAGCAGGAGGAGUACCAGCAGCAGCAGCAGCAGCAGCAGCGGCCCCCCCCGGCCCCCCCGCAGGUAUCAGGGUCCCCUCUUUGUGCUCCUCUGCUCCGUCCUCCCUCCGUCCCCAUCCCUGCUGUUUGUCUGUAGGGCCGAGCACAGCAGGGCGGCCGCCCGACGCCAGAGCGGAGGCAGCGGCACAAACAGAACUCGGACUGCACCCUCCUGUAGCCGACCCCCCCCCCGGGCCCCCCGUCCUGCAGGGACCCUCUGCAGAUCCUGGGGACGAUGUGGUGUGAGAUGUGGGGUCUCUCCUUGCACAGUGAUGGGACCCGUCCCUGUUUUUCCAGUGGCCUUAACGCGGGGGUGAGGAACCCGUGGGAGCAGGGUUCCCCCCCCCGGUCCCCCCCCACUAUGGACCCUCAGGAGUGGGGGGGCCGCGUGGGGGGGAGAUGUGUGCCCCCGCCCACAGCAUCGCCUUAGCCAAUAAAGGACUUUGCCCAUUG